AUGCCAAAGCCGUUCAUAUCCACCCGAAAGUUCAUCAAGUGGGGUGAUGCGCCGGCGGGAGAAGAUACCGAGUGCGUAACCCCCCUCCGUAAGUCUGCGGGCUGCCACGAUCUGAUGCUCGCAUACAGCACGCUCGUCCUCACCACCGCCGGCAAACACUUCGUCGACAUCCGCAUCUACCUCCCCAGAACCCCCUCGGAGCCGUGCCUCCCCGCCUCCAGCCCUCUCCCGAUAUCUCGCCUCGAAUGGGGCUUCGCAGGGACUUCGAACCCCACGCCCGCCGCAUACGCCGCGGAUGGCACGAUUGCGACGCCGGCGCAUACCGUCUGGACGCACUGGGUCGACAGCAGAACCACGGCCGAGACCUGUGACGAGGGGGUCAUGUACCCGCAGGCCAGCGGGGAGACGAUGGAGUACGGCGCCAUGAUCAACCCUGCCUCGGGCAAGGAGGAGACAUACGAGGAGUGCUGGGUCGAUCUCGAGGCCGGGCUCGUGGACGGGGAGGACGGGCUCAGGAGCUGGGUGUUGCGGACCGAGGAUGCGGAGAAGGGAACCCGGGGCGUCAUGGCGCGGGUUGGACGGUACGCGCAGGCUGUUCUGCGGAGGGGGGGAGGCGAGUUUGGCGCUGCGCGGUGGGUGUGGCGUGAUGCUGAGAAGGGGUGGGAGUCGGUGGUGCAGAUUGGGAGCCUGGACGAAGACGUCCCCCGUGGGAUGUUGGGCGCGGGGGACGUGAAGCUGGGACAGACGUUUGAGGGGAGCGGUGGGCUGCAGUGGAGCUGUGUUGAGAGCUUUGCGUGGUCGUGA